AUUGGCAAGAGAACCUCAAAGAAAACACACGUCUCAUGUUCAGGCUGAGGACACUCAUAACAAAGGAAAUCGCCAUUACAUUUCCAAGUCUCUUCGACUCCUCUCAAUAAGUCGUGUUAACAUAACUGCUGCAGGUGAUGACGAUCUACAAGUGACUAGUGAGUGAUUGUGAAGUGACAAUGCACAAGUGUGUCGAGACAGGAUAAUGAUGUACCACAAGACGAUGGAAAUUUCGCGAAAUCGUGAGCUGCAGAGUUGACGAGAGUAUCUAAUUGUUGUUUGUUGAUGGAGGGGUUUACAGUUGAAGAGGAGUUUUAAUUGAUUACCUGGAGUACCUGGUGGGAGACGAUGUUUCGGAGUCGCAGCUGGUUCGGGGGUGGGCUGUGGAAACCCAAGAACCCACACUCACUCGAGCAUCUCAAGUAUUUGUAUAAUGUUCUAUCGAAGAAUCACACGGUGUCGGAUAACAACAGAGGGUUGUUGGUGGAGACCUUGAGGUCCAUAGCUGAAAUCCUGAUCUGGGGGGACCAAAAUGACAGCAGUGUCUUUGACUUCUUCUUGGAGAAGAACAUGCUCUCCUUUUUUCUUCGGAUAAUGAAGCAAAAGUGUGGGAGCUACGUCUGUGUUCAGUUGCUCCAGACGCUCAACAUUCUGUUUGAAAAUAUUAGGAAUGAAACAUCCCUUUAUUACCUGCUAAGCAACAACCACGUAAAUAGUAUAAUAGUGCACAAAUUUGACUUCAGUGACGAGGAAGUUAUGGCUUACUACAUAAGUUUUCUCAAAACCCUGAGUCUCAAAUUGAAUGCACAUACUAUUCACUUCUUCUAUAACGAGGUAAACAAGCACACGAACGACUUUCCCCUGUACACCGAGGCCAUAAAAUUCUUCAACCACUCCGAGGGAAUGGUGCGCAUAGCCGUUCGAACGUUGACCCUGAACGUGUACCGAGUGGAGGACGCUUCGAUGUUGGCAUUCAUACGUGACAGAACAGCGGCCCCAUAUUUCAGCAACCUAGUCUGGUUCAUAGGCAACCAUAUAAUCGAGCUGGACACCUGUGUACGCAACGACGCCGACCAUCAGAGUCAAAACCGCCUGUCAGACCUUGUGGCCGAGCACUUGGACCAUCUCCACUACCUGAACGACAUCCUCUCCCUGAAUAUUUCGGACUUGAACAAAGUCCUCUCCGAGCACCUUCUACACAAGCUCCUGGUGCCCCUGUAUGUCUACUCCUUGACAAAAUCGAUAUCUCCACCAGGUCAGAGUCCAGGUGAGCGAAAGCACGUGAGCGUUGUUGUUUCGCUGUUCCUCCUGUCCCAGGUAUUCCUUAUCGUCUCUCACGAGCCCCUGGUUCGAACCCUAGCGGCUGUUAUCCUCAAGUCAGAUUCCCACAUCGUCGAGGACGGAGCCAGUAGACUCCUGGAGGAAUACCAGUUAUCCACCUUCGACAAGUCCAUUGUUUUCGCUCCACCGAGUGAAACACUGGAAAAAUCCCUGGAGAGUCUCUCAGGGCAUUCAGACCCCCAGGCACUGACGCUAGAGGAUAUCCCCGAACAGCCGAGUCCUCAGCACUCGUCAGGCUCAGAAGCCCUGGAGAUGCCCCAUCAAGAGGCACCAGGAACAUUUCAAGAUGAAAUUAAUCACCUGAAUGUCACAGACGAGGAGAAGGAGCAGAGACUCGCUCUAGAAGUUGAUUCGUCACCAAAUCAGGGGAGACAACCCCUCGAGGAGGCUUCAGCCCAUCCAACAGUUGCCAAACCCUUCCUAGAGACUAUCCUAAACUCUCUCCACUGUACGGAGAACGAUUAUGCGACUCUAUUCUCACUCUGUCUGCUCUAUGCAUUAAUCAGCAACGAAGGGGUCGACAAAGAGACUUUGGACUUUGCUACGUCUGUCAAAAGCACCAGUAAUUGGUACAACUCUGCUUUAAUUGAGAAACUCAUUCACGUUAUCUCAGCAAGCUGUCAGACUAAUGCUAAAAUAAGACUGGUAACACUGGAGAUGAGCAUUAAAUUGCUGAUUAAAUUAGUCAUAUCGGAUGGUGAGAGUUUACUCUGUGAUGCACAUUUGGCUGCUAUUGAAUCUGCCAAGGAAGAAAGCACAGCUUUGCUCAGAAAUUUCUACAAGAGUGAGGACAUUUUUCUGGAUAUGUUUGAAGAUGAGUACAGCGAGGUACAGAAGAAACCGCUGAAUGUUGAGUGGUUGAUGAUGGAUAGCAAUAUUUUACUGCCACCAACUGGCACUCCCAUGACUGGUAUUGAGUUCAGCAAACGACUACCAUGUGGCGAGGUUGAGAGGGCACGAAGGGCCAUUCGGGUGUUUUUUCUAGUCAGAGAGUUGUCACUCCUUCUGGGAAAGGAGGCGGAAACGCAGCUGCCGCUGACAAAUCCGGUGAAUUGCGUACAAGUGGGAAAUGUUUUGGAUUUGAAUAACAGUGAUCUGAUUGCUUGCACUGUUGUGUGGAAGGAUGGACAGAAGAUCAGGCGGUUCCUGGUAAUUGAUGUGAUUCAGCUGAUCCUCGUGGAGCCUGACACUAGGAAGCUGGGGUGGGGGGUUGCUAAGCUGGUAGGGUUCCUUCAGGAUAUCGAGGUCGCUGGCGACAAGGACGACUCGAGGUGUCUACAUUUGACGAUUCACAAACCCCUCAGCAGCAGUGGAGGGAACAGGCUGCCUCUGCUCUCCGCCAAGUUCAUUUUUGACGAUCACAUUAGGUGCAUGGCAGCCAAGCAGAGAUUGACGAAAGGGAGGAUCAAGGCUAGACAGAAGAAAAUGGGACAGAUUGCGAAGCUUCUGGACAUACCUACCAACAUCCCCAGUUGCUCAACUCCACCGAAUUACGCUCUCCUGGGGAUGAGACACGAGAGGAGCGUGGGGAGGGGACAGAGAGGAAAGGAUCAGAGGGGAAUGUUCACGGUUAACAAGGUACCUGGGUUCGCAGCUCAACUGCGAAAGCAGAAUGAGCCCAGGGGUGGAAUGGGGAGGAGGGUCAUGGGGGACGUGAGCCCACCGAGUGGGAAAUCUAGUGAUAAUGGGAUCAGACCGAGGGAUGGAUCGCCCAAAAUGCCCAGGCCGAGGAGUGAGGAGAUUCCUCUUGAGGACAUGAGACUUAGAAAGAGCUCACUCACUGGAAAUGGCUGUCCAGGACUGCCUGUCAACUCUGUAGAGGCCAAUACUUCGAGUUUAAGCUCGCCCGUCAAUAAUGAUGUUGUUUUGAGUAAAAAAUGCUCAGAGGAGACUUCGUUCACUUCACCACAGGCACCCGAUGCUCCGGUAAAACCUCGGCGAAAGGGACAGGUGGAGACGGUGUAAUUGGAGGGUGUGGAGUGAGGUGGGGGGGUAGUGUCGUUGGGUUUGAGGGUGUUUGAAGUUCUUUUAUAUUUUUUAUCGGAUGUUGGAGGGAAAGGAGAACGGGGAGGUGAUAUUUUAGUAAUUGUUGGGAAUAUUCGAAAUUUCUUCAUCCACUGUCUGAGCUGUGCGAGAUUUAUCUUGCAAUUUUUUCAAACAUUGGAUAAAUGUAUUUCCAAAAAAUUCUCAAUAUCUAUUUUUUUUAUUUUCCCUGCCAACGUCAUAAAUGUUUAAAGGGAAAAGGAACUCUCUUUGCUGAUAUGAAUCUUUAUAAAUGGUUUUUCUCCUACAAUUGUUAAUUGUUAUAUAUGAAGUUGCUUUAUCGGUUCGUUAAUUAUAUUGUGGAGACGGUAAAGUAAAUAAAAAAAAAUUGUAGCAGAAAAUGCAAUUUAAAAAAUUCAUUCAGAACGACGUUCUGUGUCACCUCAAAUUGGUGAAGGUACGUAAAAAGUGAUGAAUACUGUAUAGUCACUGAGCCAUUGAGUUAUAAAUCUCAACUUGCAUUUUUCUUCACUUUGUUAACAUUUUUCGUUGAAAAAUAAAAUCAGACUUUGGGAAUAUGAGAGGCUCACUUGUCUACAUGCGACAAACUCAACUCGUUCGACGACACUCAAUUUUUAAGCUGAAAAAAACAUAAAAAAUUUUCUCUAUCGCCGACUAAAAAAACCAAUAAAAAUGAUUCAACUGAUUGA